AUGGACGCCAAGUCGAACCAGUUGCCAGACGAUGUGGAAGAGCAGGAUCAAUCUGAGCAGUGCUUGCGCCUCACAAUCACUGUGCCUAAGGAUGCGACGCCGGAAUCGAAGCUACCGGUUGUGGUGUUUAUCCAUGGCGGCGCAUUCUUUCUUGGUUCCGGCGAACGAAAGUACUACGACCCGCUCACCUUCUGCACCCAAGCUUCGGAUAUGGGAAAGCCGUUAGUCUUUGUUUCCGUCAACUAUCGACUUGGCGCACUCGGGUUCUUCCACUCUCCUCAUGCAGAAGGCCUGAUGCCUGCGAACAACGGGUUGCAUGACCAGAUCACGGCGUUUACCUGGCUUAGUCGCAACAUUGGUGGCUUUGGAGGUGAUGAAGACAAUAUUACUGCUAUUGGACAGUCAGCUGGUGGUGAGAGCUUGAGUUUGCAUAACAUGAGUGGAAGAAGGAUGCCGCUGUACAAGCGCGCCAUCAUGUUUUCUGGCACGCCUUUGACUAUGCCCGAUAAGACGCACUCAGAACACCAGGACAACUUCCUCGAGCAAGCAAACAAACUGCACAUUUAUACCGAGAACCUCAGCAGUAUGCAAGUCGCCGAGCGAAUGAUCAAAUGCGAUGUCUCCAAGAUCCGAGAUCUGGCUUACGUUGGAUCGCCGUGUGUAGACACGGAGAUCAUUCCGCACCGAGGCCACGCAACACAACGUAUUAUCGCCGCUGGCAAAGUUUCCCAGAUUUCAUGGUUGGAAUCUCAGAUCAUCAGUUCAUGCAGCUAUGACGGCAGUAUCUCCAACAUCAUGAUGCGAGGGGAUGAUUCGCGCAAAGAUCACGCCAAAAGCUUCAUCAAGAUCUCUAGGGAAGUCCUCAACAACCCUGAAACCUUGCUGCAGAUCUAUGGGAUUGAAGAAACAACCACAGAUGAAGAAGCGCUGGAGAAGAUCUGCCAGUUUGAGUCUGAUAUCGGCUUCUUCUCCGCUGCGUUGGCUGUGGCGAAGGGUACGGCUGAUAAGACAUCGACGUAUUUUCAGCUUUUCGAUCUCGGAAAUCCUUUCCCUGGUCCGCUGGAGCAGAAGAGGUUUGCAUCGCAUACUUGGGACAUUGUAGCGUUGCUUGGUGCAUAUGAGGAUAGACUGUCGAUAGAUUAUGCGGAGAAGAUCAGAGAAUGGAGGGCGAGGUACAUCAAGUACAUCGUUGACGGAGAAGCCCCUUGGGCCAGGUUCAAGAAGGGCGGCAAGGAGUCGAUGUUCGUUGUUCCCAAUGAGGGGCCAGCUAAGGAAUUGACGCUGGAAUCUGUAUUGGAAGGAAGAUUGAAGGAUCUAUUGGACUUGGCAAAGGAGGAAGGAUCUGAUGGAGCUGAUAAGCUGUGGGAAGGUGUUUGCCGACGCUGGCUGAUGAAAGGAGAAUGA